AUUAUUGUUCCGUUUCCAAGAUGGACGACUGUAAACAAUCUUUCUAAGUCAGAUUCCCUUUGACCAGCUUUUAUUUUACUUGUGUCAGUAUGGCAUCAUCCGUGCGACGAAAUACUUACGUAGUAGGAGGGAUGAUGCCUGCUCCACUUUUACCAGUUACUAGUAAAGUUGAAAUGGAGACCAGUAGAACAGUAAGACAAAACUUAAUGAGACUGAAAGUGAAUCGGAUAGCUCUUGUGCAAGAACUCAAAGUUGAAAAUAUUUUGCCAAUAUUAAGACAAAAGGGUGUUUUGACAUCUGCAGAUAAGAAUGAAAUUAUGCAAGGAUCUACAAGCCAGGACAAGGCUAGAAUUUUAAUUGACAUUUUGCCGACUAAAAAGAAAGAAACAGACUGGUACAAACAUUUUCGAGAUGCUUUAUUGGGUCCAAAUGGUGGAACUGAGGUCAAAAAACGAUACCAUCUGCUUGUGGAGUUUUUAGACAACACCUUUAUACAACGACCAGCUUCCACGAAAGUUAAAAUAAGUGGGGUUGACAAUAAUGUGGAUUCCUUAGCGUUCAAAAAAUAUGAAUUACUUCCAGAAAUCUCUGACAGCUCAAAAAUUGUAGCAAAUGAUGAUGAUAAAUCGAGCAGUCAAAACUCAGAAUCAGAAAAGUCAAGGAGAAAUAAAUCACCAAAUGUUCUUGUUCUUAAUAGAUACAGUCAGUCUGAUGGUGAAGAAAAUAGUUUAACAGAAAAGGAAAUAAACGACAACACAUCUGAGAUUGGAAGUAAAGUUUCUGGUGGUGCCAAUAUUGAUAACAAUAACAAAGAGGCAAUGACAUUAGUGAAGGGAUACCUCCAUCAAUGGGUACCGAAUCCUGAAAAUUUUACAUCCCAAAUUAUAAUGCCAGAGGAAUUACUUUCGAAGUUAGAGAAGUCAUCUUCAUUUGAAGACAAAGAACAAUUAAAUCAUGAAAAGAAAAUUUUAGCAAAACUGCAGAAAGUUGAAAUGAUUACAGUUUUGAAAAAGCAAAACCAACUACCUGCUGGAUUUGAGCUCUGUAUGUGUGAAGCUAUGGUAGAAAUUCUCAUUGAGCCCCAGUUCUAUUAUUCAUAUGUUAAAUAUUCUAAGAGCAUUGAAUCCUUAGCAAGAGAUCUGAAUGAGUCCUAUUCUACUGUUUUGAAAACCAUUAAUUCUUCUCAGAAUAAAGAAGCAACAGACCAGGCCAUCAUACAUGGUUUCCAAUUAUGUGAUUUUUUCUUAGAACUGAGUUACUUUCAUGAAGCUGAGGAAGUCAUCAGCCUUCUGGCUGAUUUUCUAACCGCAGAUUCUAAUAUUGAUACUUGGAUGGCGAGAUAUAAAGCCUAUGUUAAACUCACUGAAGUUAGAAACAGAAAUUACAACUUUCAGGGAGCAGAACAAGCUUAUUUUUGGUCUGUUCAAAUGACAUGGCCAAUACAACUGAUGUCAUUUGGAAAAGAUUUGAUAGAAGAAGGGGAUCUGUUGGUUCAAAUGAGUCAUUAUCAAUUAGAACAGGGUUCUUUAACAUCUGGCUAUGGUUGGGCUAAGAGAGCAUUACAGGAGUUUUCACCAAACAAUCAUGUUGGAAUAGUGAAUGCUUUAUGUAAUGGUGUCAUAGCUUUUUGUAGUAAAUUACAAAUUAAGAAAGCAGGAGAAAUGGCAGUUCAAGCUGUCAUACAAGCCAAGUCAUAUUUUGGUAAAAGUCACCCAUUAUAUCUGAAAGCUUUAUUACAUAUGUGUCAUUUUACCAGUGAAUUUAUUCAAGAAGAUGUAACAUUACAGAUUGCUGAGCUGACUUUAGAUGUGGCAGUAAAAAUGUAUGGAUGUCAGUGUUUACAAGUAGCCUUUGCCCAUAGAGCUGUUUCCAAGGCUUUGAUGGUUUUACAUAAAUUUGAUUCUGAUGACUACUAUAACCAUUCUAUGGAAGCUGUUAGAAUUGUACGGGGUAUUUUUCCAACUCAGCAUCCUGUUCUCUAUGUUUUUCUUCAUACAUUUGCCUCAGCACUACAAUGGAAAGCUUUAAAUGGCCCAAAAGAGGUUCAUGAUUCAACUUUAAACUGGGCGGAAGUGGAAGCCAAACAGGCCUUGAUUAUCUCUAAAUCUUGUUAUGGAGAUAUUAGCCUUCGAACAGCUCAGAUAUAUUCCUUGUUAGGACAAAUCUACUCAAAAAUGACAAGCCAUCCUGAAAUAAAUCAUGAUUUACUCGAUGAAGCAGAAGUGAACUUGAAACAGUGUGUGAUUGAUAUGAAGUUAUGUCAGUCACCUACAAGCCAUUAUUAUCUGUUGUCUCUAGCAACAUUAGGAACAUUUUAUAAGAUAUUACACAGACCCCAAGAGGCUGUCAUUUUAUUAAAAGAAGCUGUGUCAAAUGUUGAAACUUAUGGGGUUUAUCAAAGAUGGAUACAUGUAUGUUACGAACAUCUAGCUGCCUGUUAUAAAUCUCUAGAUGAUCUCGAGUCCUAUCACCAUACACAGCAACAACUACAGAUAUGGCUUGAAAACAAUCCAAAUGAAACCGGAAUGAUCAAAAUUGGUGUUUUGGAUUCACUUACACAGCCAUACCACCAAUUCCUGGAAACCUUUGACCUUUGGGGAACAAAAAUGAAGAGAGUGAAACAUCAGUUGACAGAUGUUGUAACACAUAUAGAUUCAAAUAAUUCUAAGAUAUAAAAUUAAAUUCUAUUUUGAUGGUAGUUAGAAUUUGUCUUUUUUUUUUAUCUAGUCUAGAAUUUAUUAUCUUAUUAAUUUUUUCAUGUUAUCAAAAAUUUAGGAGUUACAAUCCCUCCAUUAUAAUUUUAAAUAUGUAUGGUUGUCUGUAUAUUAUGUAUAGUUUUUAUAUCAAAUCUCCCUAGAUUAAUCUGAACAGCAAAAUAUUUUGAUCGCUCGAUCCAUAAUAUUGAUAUCCAUAAUAAUUCACUCAUCUUCACUAUGAUACUGUUCUGUUAUUAUGGGAAUUGGCCAUUUUGAAUGUACAGCGCAAAACAGGAUGACAAUCAUAAGAAUACUGAAUCGAGUGUAUUAACUAACGUGUGGCCAGGUGGUAAUUGAAUGAAUCCAUCGACAAAAUAUAAGUCUUUACGAUUGAGGUACUGUUCGAUUGAUCUCGUCUGUAUGUCUUCAUCUCACAUUUUAUAGCUAACCUCAACCUUGUUAAAAUAAACAGCAUUAUCUAAGCAUGGUGCGACAGAAUAUGCUUACUUUUAUUAUUAUAUAAUAUACCUAUCAAAAACGUUUCUAAUUGAAUAUUUUAUUUUAUAUGAUCUUACAUUUCUAUCUUAAUUUGUUUUUAUUGUUUUAUAUAGUCUUAUGUUUUACAUUCUGUAGUAAUUAUCCAUAGCUAAUGUAAUGUUAAUGUAUUUAUUCCAUUAUCUCUUCAAGAUAUUCAUAAUUACCGAUAUUACUGGCCAACAAAAAAAGUCUGUACUGUAAAUGCUAGAGAUAUUCAGUCAAAACAAUCAACCAGAGGAAAGCUCUAAUAUGCAGAAACAAAUUAUUUUAUUAAUAUAUUAUUUAUAUAUGGUUUACAUGUUAUUGUUUGUUAAACACAUUGUUAUUUUUCUACUUGUAUUAUGAUUUAUUUGGUAGUUAUCUUAUAUUUAUUGGAAUACAUUGGUUUCAUUAGAUGUAUAUACUAUUAAACAGCAUUAAUGGUUUUUAAAUAUUCUA